UAGCGUACAUUUGAGUUCCCGAUUCACUGCCUCAAUGGAAGCGGCACCAGCCUGGGCCCCAGCAGUGGGUUUCACACUCCUGCCUCAUGCAGGAGGAUUUUUAGGAAGCAAGAUAACCAAAAAGGAAAUCCCAGUGUGGUAUGAAUCUCUGCAGAAGCCAUCCUGGUGUCCACCUAACUGGGUGUUUGCUCCUGUUUGGGGAACUCUCUAUACAUCUAUGGGAUUCGGCUCCUACCUGGUGUGGAAGGAACUGGGGGGCUUCAACGAAAAGUCAGUGGUUCCUCUGGGUCUGUAUGCAGGGCAGCUGGCAUUAAACUGGGCAUGGACUCCAAUAUUUUUUGGAGCUCACAAAAUGGGAUGGGGGUUGGUGACUCUCCUGCUCACGACUGGUACGGCAACAGCUACAACUGCUUCCUGGUAUAACAUCAAAAAAACAGCAGCUUAUUUGAUGGUUCCUUAUUUAGCUUGGCUAGUCAUGGCUUCUGCACUCAAUUACCGUCUCUGGAAUGACAAUCGCAACAAGAAGCAAUCUGAAUAAACAUUUUUCAGCCAAAAAAAUUUUUUUUUUCCCCCACAAGAAUUUUCUAAAUAAAGUUAUGGCCUUAUUUUAUUUUUAGCUGAACUACUUAUACCAUUAGUUUGCUAAUUAAAAGUUGACUAAGCAGUACUUGUUUAAAACAAAUAUGUCUUUACUAGGCAAGUCCAAGGGGUGUAUGCCUGACUGAGUUUUAUAGCAAACUAAAAGAUAGUGCUGAUUGAAAAGUACUAGUUUUCUAUGUUAUAGCAUUACAUUUUAUAUGACAACAGCAUUUUAACUAUUACCAGAAAUAAGCAUGAACUGCAACUUCAUGUUCAGAAGAAGAAAUCCAGCCAUAUAUUAACACAGCUUCCAGAAAGCUGCUCCUAACAGUGACAGGCAUGAUUGUGGCCUGAAUCUUUCAUGUUUACCACUAGACACGGUGCUUUAGUGCUAUGAUGUGUCCCAGUACGGCUGCCAGAUAUUUAUCUUCUGGUCAUUGUACUCUGUAAAUGUUUAAGAUGAGAUUUUUUUCACAAUUUGUGCCUUCCCACUUUGAAGCACUGUGCAAUCUAGUGUCAGCUAAAUGCAUUAAACUACAUGUAAAUUUA